UUGGCAACUUCACGGGUUGGGUUGUAGUAACUGAACAGCCCCACAGUCCCCAAGUCACUCCUAGAUACAGUGGCAGGAGGGAGCUGUCUUGGGAAGAAAGAGGAAAAGAAUGCUGGCCGUCAAACAGCGAGGCCAGCCUUGCCCUUGGGCCCCCUCUGGCCAGUGAUGACCAGGGCUUCUGAGCUGCUGGCUCAUGAGGCUUAUUUGAGGACUCCUUCCUACCACCUUGGGUCACAGAUCAAGCUCCAGGCUGUAAGAAAAUUGGGAGGAUUACCGAAGCAGCAUGGAGCCAGAGAGUGACCAACCCUUGAACAACCAUGAUGUCACUCCCUUCCGCAAGCCCCGCAGGCCCCUGGAGACCUUCAGAAAGGUGGGGAUCCCCAUCAUCACAGUGCUGCUGAGCCUGGUAGCCAUCGUGAUUGUGGCCUUCCUCAUCAAGGUGAUUCUGGAUAAAUACUACUUCAUCUGCGGAAGUCCUCUGACCUUCAUCUCCAAGGGACAGGUGUGUGAUGGCCACCUUGACUGUGCCUCGGGGGAGGACGAGGAACAGUGUGUCAAGAGCUUCCCAGAGAAGCCGGGAGUGGCAGUCCGCCUCUCCAAGGACCGAUCCACCCUGCAGGUGCUGGAUGCAGCCACAGGGACCUGGUCCUCUGCCUGUUUUGACAAUUUCACAGAAGCACUGGCCAAGACAGCCUGCAGACAGAUGGGCUAUGACAGCCAACCCAUGUACAGAGCAGUGGAGAUUGGCUCAGCCCAGGAACUUGCUGUCGCUCAAGUCACAGGAAAUGGCCAGGAACUUCAGGUGCAGAAUUCAAGUGGAUCCUGCCCCUCAAGUUCCCUAGUGUCCCUGUGCUGUCUCGAACCACUACUGAGGACCCCGCUCCCGGGCUUUCUGGGAUGGAAACCCCCCCCAAACCUGACUUCCCCCUCCUUCCUCUUCCCCCUGAGUCCAGGCUGUGGAAAGAGCCUGAAGUCUCCUCGUGUGGUGGGAGGGGUGGAAGCCUCCGUGGACUCGUGGCCAUGGCAGGUCAGCAUCCAGUACGACAAGCAACAUGUCUGUGGUGGGAGCAUCCUGGACGCCCACUGGAUCCUCACGGCAGCCCACUGCUUCAGGAAGUAUCUUGAUGUGUCCAACUGGAAGGUGAGGGCCGGCUCAGACAAACUGAGCAACUUUCCAUCCUUGCCUGUGGCCAAGAUCUUCGUCACUGAGCACAAUGCCCUGGACCCUAAAAAGAAAGACAUUGCCCUCGUUAAGCUGCAGGCGCCACUCACAUUCACAGACACAGUCAAGCCCAUCUGCCUACCCUUCUCUGAUGAAGUGCUCGUCCCAGACACACCACUCUGGGUCAUCGGAUGGGGCUUUACAGAGCAAGAUGGAGGAAAGAUGUCUGACACGCUGCUGCAAGCGUCAGUCCAGGUCAUCGACAGCUUGCGGUGCAAUGCAGAGGAUGCCUACCAGGGAGAAGUGACCGCUGAGAUGCUGUGCGCAGGUACCCCACUUGGUGGUGUGGACACCUGCCAGGGUGACAGUGGUGGGCCUCUGAUGUACCACUCUGACCAGUGGCAGGUAGUAGGCAUCGUGAGCUGGGGCCAUGGCUGUGGGAGCCCCAGUACUCCUGGAGUGUACACCAAGGUCACUGCCUAUCUUGACUGGAUCUACAAUGUGCGCAAGUCUGAGAUGUAACGCUGCUGUCCGACCCAUCCAAAAGCUGCUUCCCCCUCAGACCUACACACUGUGAUUCCCUCAAAGUCAGACACAGGGAAAGAGCCUCCUUGAACACAACCCUGGUAUUUCCUGAAGCAGCCAAGGACGCAGACAUACGCAUUGCAGCGGUGCCCAGAAGGAAGUCAGAUGACUUAGAUCAGCCACCCCUGCUUCUCCCGAGCUCUGGGAAGACAGGAAGUCCACUAAGUGAAGGCAGGCCAGUGACUCAAUUCUCAGAAGUGUUACUCAGCCAAGGAGGCUCUCCCUUCCACAGAAGGAAUGGAAGUCAUCUGGCUCUCUCCUGGGAGAUCACUAAGGGAUGAGUGGAUGAGAGAAGGGUCUGGAAAGCCUUUGUCUUCUUUGCCCGGUCCUAAAACCACUGGGGUAAGAAAUCAGUCAGUUCUAAUGUAAGAUGUAUAGUCUAGUGUCUAGGUGUUUUUAUUAUUGUUAUCACUGUGCUAUCAUUAAACAGGUACGAGAAAUUGUUGGCAUAGGCUUCCUGGACUGCUUGAUAAGAAUCCAUCUAAGACUGUCACACCUUUGGUCUCCGGCCUGGUGUUACAGGACGGUUCCCUGGAAAAUGUGAACAAAUGCCCAUCCAACACAGAUAGAGCACCAAUGACAAACCAAAGAAAUUAUUCCGCCUGAGUCUAGAUUGUUGUAAACCAAUGGGUUUAACUUGAAGGGGGCUGCAUCAUCCUCCCCUACCAUAGAUGAUAACACAUGGAAGAGACAUCUCUGACAUUCUCAG